GGAGGAGGAGGAGGAGGAGAAGCCGCGGCUGGACUCCAUUAAUCCGAAGCCUGCGGGAAAACUGUUUGGGAUACUUCACUUUUUCUCCGACUACUUCAGGGAUUUCUCUCCGUUUUUACCGCCGAAACAAGACUCCAUACAUGAUUUAAAGGCGGGGGACUGGUUCUGGAUCGCGUAGUCGGCUGUUUUGGUGUGUUUUUUUCGUCUUUGUGAAGGAUGGCGCUGGACGGGAUCCGGAUGCCCGAUGGCUGUUACGCCGACGGGACCUGGGAGUUGAAGAUGCAUGUCACGGACCUCCACAGGGACGUGUCCCUGAGGGUCACCGGGGAAAUCCACAUCGGUGGAGUCAUGCUGAAACUGGUGGAGAAAUUAGAUGUGAAGAAGGACUGGUCGGACCAUGCCCUGUGGUGGGAGAAGAAGAAGACGUGGCUGUUGAAAACCCACUGGACGCUGGACAAGUACGGCAUCCAGGCCGACGCCCGGCUGCUCUUCACGCCGCAGCACAAGCUGCUGCGCCUCCAGCUGCCCAACAUGAAGCACAUGAAGGUCAAGGUCAACUUCUCGGACCGGGUCUUCAAGGCCGUGUCGGACAUCUGCAAAACCUUCAAUAUUCGCCACCCAGAAGAGUUAUCUCUACUGCGUAAGCCCCGUGAUCCCAAGAAGAAGAAGAAAAAGCUGGAAGAGGCAGAGGAGGAUGAUCUGGAGCUGGAGGGGCCACUGUUAACCCCCGGAUCAGCGUCUGAGAUAAUAUACAUCGGACCUGUCAAAGGGAGCAUCUACUCUAGUCCGGGCCUGUACAGUAAGACCAUGACCCCCACCUACGACUCCCGGGACGGCAGCCCCCUGUCACCCACCACCGCCUGGUUCGGAGACAGCCCCCUGUCGGAGGGCAAUCCCAGCAUCCUCGCUGUCAGCCAGCCCAUCUCCUCUCCAGACAUCCUGGUCAAACUCUACAAGCCCCAGUCUCUGUUGGACAAAGCCAAGAUCAAUCAGGGGUGGCUAGACUCUUCCAGGUCCCUCAUGGAGCAGGAUGUGAAGGAGAACGAGGUCCUGCUGCUGAGGUUCAAAUACCACAGUUUCUUUGACCUCAACCCGAAGUACGAUGCCAUCCGAGUGAACCAGCUCUACGAACAGGCCAAGUGGGCCAUCCUGCUGGAGGAAAUCGAGUGCACAGAGGAGGAAAUGAUGAUGUUUGCUGCCCUGCAGUACCACAUCAACAAGCUGUCCAUCAUGUCGUCAGACAACCACAUGAACAACAGCGAGAAGGAGGUGGACGAGGUGGACGCCGCGCUGUCAGACCUGGAGAUCACUCUGGAGGGAGGCAAGACAUCCAACACUCUGGGUGACAUUACAUCCAUCCCUGAGCUAGCAGACUACGUCAAAGUUUUCAAGCCAAAGAAGCUGACGCUGAAGGGCUACAAGCAGUACUGGUGCACGUUCAAGGACAUCACGAUUUCCUGCUACAAGAGUAAAGAGGAGUCGCACGGGACUCCUGCUCACCAAAUGAAUCUCAGAGGUUGUGAGGUGACACCAGAUGUGAACAUCUCGGGUCAGAAAUUCAACAUCAAGUUGCUAAUCCCCGUGGCCGACGGCAUGAACGAGAUCUGGCUGCGGUGCGACACGGAGAAGCAGUACGCGCACUGGAUGGCCGCCUGCCGCCUGGCCUCCAAAGGGAAGACCAUGGCCGACAGCUCGUACAACCUGGAGGUCCAGAACAUCCUGUCCUUCCUCAAGAUGCAGCACAUGAACCCCGACCCCCAGUUCAUCGAGCCCAUCACCACCGACAUCAACCCGGAGUGCCUGGUGUCCCCGCGCUACCUGAAGAAGUACAAGAACAAGCAGCCAGGCUUUAUCAGGGACUUGAUUUCCGCCCGGAUCCUUGAAGCCCACCAGAACGUGGCCCAGAUGAGUCUGAUCGAGGCCAAGAUGCGCUUCAUCCAGGCGUGGCAGUCUCUGCCCGAGUUCGGGAUCACUCACUUCCUGGCGCGGUUCCAAGGCGUGAAGCGGGAGGAGCUGAUCGGCAUCACGUACAACCGUCUGAUCCGCAUGGACGCCAGCACCGGCGAUGCCAUCAAGACCUGGCGCUUCAGCAACAUGAAGCAGUGGAACGUCAACUGGGAGAUUAAGAUGGUGACCGUGGAGUUCGCCGACGAGCCCAGCCUGUCCUUCGUCUGCGCCGAGGUGGACUGCAAGGUGGUGCACGAGUUCAUCGGAGGCUACAUCUUCCUGUCCACGCGCGCCAAGGACCAGAACGAGUCUCUAGACGAGGAAAUGUUCUAUAAGCUGACCAGCGGCUGGGUCUGAGCGCCAUCAGCCCCGGGGAGGGGAGGGGAGGGGGGGGGGGGGGGCACAGCUUCGGGGUCUAUUUUAUUCUACUAUCUGUUUUUGGUCUUUUUAAUGGUUUGGAGCUGCAUCCAAGAGUCCAGAGCAGCAGCGUCUUUUUUUUUUGCCAUUGCUGACACCGUUUUAACGUUGGUGAAUUUUAUUUGUUUGUUUUUUUUGUUUUUUUCUCGUAUUACUACCGACGAGGUCACUUGUUACGACACUAACCCCGGUGGAAGCAGUCCAGGUGAACUGUGGUGGACGAGCAGGAGCUUUUCGUAGGACGUUCGUCCUCUGUCCUGCCACCCCUUCCCCCCCCUCCCGGACUGACUGACGACCACCGACUUGCGUCCACGGAAACCUUUCUUUUUUUUUUUUUUUUAAAUCCGACUUUAACCCAAAGAAUUGUUCCUUUUUGUCUUUUAUUUCCUUCUAAAACGUCACGUCUGUCAUUGAAGCAUCGCGACUAAAGCAGAUAUCUAAUGUUAUAUCCAUUUAUUUAUCCUGAAAGACCAGCCUCAUCUGUCAGACGUCUUCUCGCCGCUCUCCUGUCCGCUCCACGAAUCUUCUUGACGUCACACGUUAAGCACUUGUGCAGUAUGCGGCCGUGUUUAUGAAUAAGCUGCUGUUAAGUUUCCUUUUUUGCUUCCGAUGUCUCGUGAGCUCGUGUCCGCAGAUGGGGGUGACAUUAAUGUGGGACUGGCUUUGUUUUAAACAGACCGACGGCGCAAACGGUCCACAGCACCCGGGUGAGCGUCACGCGGGUUCCAGAACUUUCCGGCCGAUCCAAACGUCCUUCGAUUCAUCUCAGUCUGUCUGGCUAUCACCGAGAAACGAGCUGCAGAAUGUGGCUGACUUCUGAUCUACAAAAUAGAUGUCUGCACAAGAAUAUUAUCUUUAUCAUCAAGUAAUCAUGUAGCUCUUGGAAGGUUUUAAAAAAAAAAAACAAAAAAAAACCCUGAUGUCUCACCCGGUCGCGCAUUCACACUAACAGGAAAGACACGAUCACUCUUUCUUCUGUUCCUCACACCGUAUAGUAUUAUCAUUUCUAUUAAUACACACCAGCAGAAGGUCACAGAGUUUAAAGAAUGAAUAUGCAAACUUUUUUCUCUUGUUCUGUCCUCAAUAUGAAGGAUCAGCAAAUGAAGUAUUAUUAUUUUUUUUUUUUUGUAACUAAUGUAAAAACACAAACGUUUUAUAGAAUUGUACAGUUGGGGUUUUUUUUUCUGCUUUUCUUUGGGCGGGGGGUUGGAGGUUUUUCUUUUCAGAAAAAAAAAGUGGGUAAGCCAUCAGUCAACGUGUAGUAUUGAGAAAUGUGCCUGCCUAUUGUCGUGGUCUUACUGAGUUUUCAGAUGAAGAUAUAUGUGAAUAUAUAUGAAGAUAACACUAGUCUCAAACUCCAAGAUGUUGGUUGAGUACAUAUAUUUUUUUUUCUAAAAUAGAUCAAUGUUUUUCUUGCCUUUGUGCUCAGUUUUGUCUGCUUUUUUGUCAAUAAUAAUAAUAAUGUCCAUUUGUGGCCUGGAGCUUCAUAUUUUGCUCUUUUUUUUUAACUGACAGUGAUGCAUUAAGUGCUUAAUUCACCCCGUUUUUAAUCACAAAUGAAGCGUGCCAUUUAUUAAUGUCCAUAGGAAGGAGAUCCUGGAGUUUGAGACAAAUCGGCAAAAAA